CUCGUCGGAUUACCACGUACGACUGUGCGACAUCUGUCCAAUGGUUUCCGUUUUGAGAUAUUUUCGCUGACGAUCAAAAGGUCAGACGCAAUUGGGCUAAGUAUAGGGAAGGGGGCGGUAGGCAGGCAAUGGAAACGAGUUGGGUUGGUUAGAUUGGGUGAGUUAGCCACUUUAUGGCUUGUUAGUAUGCAAAGAAUUCCAAUUAGCAUUGCGUUGCUUGCGCCUCGGCUGAGUGGCGUGUGCAGCGACUACCGAAUAAACUAGGCAAUUAAAUAAUUACACGGCUACAUCUUCAACAUAAAACCUGACAAUUAAUUAGCUGGCAGUCGACGCCCGUCUGAGCUGAAACUAACCUGGCCAGUGAUUCGAUUAUCUAGAUUUAAACGCAUUCAACUGUUUGAGAGAUGUACACAGCUUUGCUUGUCGCCUGCCUUCUGCUGCAGCUGGGCGCAGCGCCAGGAUCAGCGGAUGGAACUCCGCCGUUGCCCACGGCCUCGGCCAGGGGUCACUAUGGCCACGGCGCCGUUGGCUGGUAUCAGCCGGACAACAGCGGCAAGUAUCGCCACGAGCACAGGCCCUAUAAUGGAGGCUACGGAGAUAGAGGUCAGCCGUAUGCCAAUGAUCUGCGCGGCAUCUUUAGGCAGGCCGAGCAGCAGCUGGCCGCCAGUGUGCAGGAGGCUGAGGAGAACUUUGCUCUGGGGCCGCGCGAUCAUCUGCGUUUCAUGAUCGACUUCAACUACAAUGGCACCGGCUGGCAAAUAAUCCAGUUUGAAUGGGUGCGAGACGGCGAUGGCACAGCUGAGGAUCAGCGCCAGUUCAGCUACGUUAACGAGAACAGGCUCUGGGACACCGAGCGUCAAUCUCAAUCCCAGCCAGCUGGCGCCUAUGCAUAUGAGCAGCCCCAGGCGGAGCCAGUGGGCGAUCCHAACUGCGAGGAGCAGCCACAACAGCAGAGCUACGAGCAGUCAAAUAUCAAUACAGAAAAGGAUCCCCAGAAAGUGCAGUCAACGAUUAAUGAAGUUCUGGAAUAUAUACAAAAACGAAUCGUGCCGAAUCUUAACUAAAUGAAAUGGAAGUUAAAAUAUUAAGAGGCA